AUGACAAGGAGGGUAGUUGCAUGUAAGAAACGAUGGUAUAAGAUCAACAAGGCUGUUGCACAAUUUGUUGGUUGCUACGAUCAAGUUAGUCGAAACAUAAGGAGUGGUUCGAACGCUGAUGAUGUAAAGGAGUUUGCUUAUAAACUUUAUUCCACAAAUUAUGGUAAAAAAUUCACUUUUAAGAGGCAUUGGAACAUGCUUCGGUUGGAGCAAAAAUGGAGAAGCCAACUACCUACACAGAGUGGCGGCUCAAAGAGAACCAAGGUUAGUGCAACUAGAGCAUACUCAUCCUCAUCAAACUCAGAAACACCGUUGGCUGACGAACCCGGUGUGGACUCUCCCGUUCGCCCACAAGGAUCAAAGAAGAGCAAGCGAAAAGGUAAGGGAAAAGCACAAAUGUCUGAAGAUUUUAGUGAAAGAAAAUCAUCGGUUGUCAAAAAAUUAUCUCUCAUGGAAGAUUUUAAGAAUGUUAGAGAAAGGAAACUAAUGGAUAGGAAAAAAGAAAGAGAAGAGAAGAAGGAACAUAGAGCAAAGAUUAUGGCAAUCAAAGAGAAGGAGUUACAAAUUCAAGCGACAAUGAAAGAACAAGAAUUACAAACUCAAAGGUAUAUUAAAGAAAUGGAGAUAAAAGCAAAAGAAAGGGAGAUGGAAAGGAUGGCCAAGGAAAGAAAAAGGGAGAUGGAUAUGAAAAUACUUAAUGCUGACACGUCUACAAUGAGUGAAAAAUGUCGACCUCUUCAUGAGAUUGCAUGUGAGAAAAUAAUCGCCAAGUGA